GAGUGUGCAACCAUAAACAAUCAGCCAUUUCCCAAACAAGAAUCAGCUAUUUAUAUACUGCAAGAAUUGCAGCAAAAUCAUCUCUGCAAAUCAAAUGGAUUCAGGUGGUGGUGGCAGCACAGGUGAUGUUGCUCGCAAUCUACUCUCAAAGAGACUAUUAGGAAAAGUUGCAGUCAUAACCGGUGGAGCAAGGGGGAUCGGAGCAGCCACCGCUCAAGUGUUUGCUGAAAAUGGAGCCCAUGUUAUCAUCGCUGACAUACUGGACGAACCUGGGGCAAAACUAGCCGAUUCCAUCGGAGGCCGGUAUGUGCACUGUGAUGUAUCAGUUGAACACGAUGUUGAACGCGCAGUCCAGCUUGCUAUCGACUGGAAAGGACGGCUCGACAUCAUGUUCAACAACGCUGGGGUACCUGGUCCAGGGGGGAGCAUCACCAACCUCAAAAUGGAACAUUUGAUGGCCCUUGUCGCUGUAAAUCUGAAUGGAAUCGUGCACGGGAUCAAGCAUGCUGCACGUGCUAUGAUCAAGGGGAAGAACUCUGGGAGUAUCAUAUGUUCGUCAAGCUCGGCAGCCAUCAUGGGGGGCUUGGCGUCCCAUUCUUACACAUUGUCCAAAGAGGCCAUUCUUGGACUGGCCAGGAGCACUGCAUGUGAGCUGGGAGUACACGGGAUUCGCGUGAAUUGUGUGUCCCCACACGGGGUACCGACCGAGAUACUGAUGAGUGCCUACAGAAAGGUUCUUGGGAAUCCAGACCUGCAGCCAGAAGAUGUGAGUAAGAUAGUAGGGGAGAGGGGGAGUCUUCUGCGGGGGAGGGGUGGGAGGUUGGAGGAUGUUGCUGAAGCGGUGCUGUUUCUGGCCAGCGAUGAUGCAGGAUUCAUAACAGGGCAUAAUCUAAUCAUAGAUGGGGGCUAUACUUGUGCUAACAAUCAGUUAAGUGUCAUAUACCAAGGUUAAAUGCCAAUAAGAACAGAAAUAAGUGUAUCAAUGCAUCUCAAAAUCCAGAUAUAUGGAUUACUAUCGUCUGUUAUGGAUUCAUUUGUUCUGCUUCAAAAUAAUGUAAUAUAUGGAAGCAUUCUACUUGCUGAUGCCCAUGCAAUUCAAAGGAGCUACCAACUCAUUGUUCGUA